GCCCGCGAGGCGGGCGGGUGGGAGCCGUUGCUGUGCGCCAUGGCCUACCAGGGCUUCGCGCAGGAGUACCUGGGCAUGCCGGCCGUGACGCGGGCCUACACCACAGCCUGCGUGCUCACCACCGCCGCCGUGCAGCUGGAGUUCAUCACCCCUUUCCAGUUGUACUUCAACCCUGACCUCAUCUUCAGGAAGUUCCAGAUAUGGAGGCUGAUCACCAACUUCCUCUUUUUUGGGCCACUGGGAUUCAGUUUCUUUUUCAACAUGAUAUUUCUGUACAGGUACUGCCGCAUGCUAGAAGAAGGCUCCUUCCGUGGAAGGACAGCUGACUUUGUUUUCAUGUUCCUCUUUGGAGGGUUUCUCAUGACACUAUUUGGACUCUUUGCCAGCCUGUUUUUCCUGGGCCAGGCUUUCACCAUCAUGCUGGUGUACGUGUGGAGUCGCAGGAACCCUUAUAUUCGCAUGAACUUCUUUGGGCUUCUUAACUUCCAGGCCCCCUUCUUGCCCUGGGUCCUGAUGGGAUUCUCUCUGCUCCUGGGCAACUCCAUAAUCAUUGACUUACUGGGGAUUGCUGUGGGUCACAUCUAUUAUUUCUUGGAAGAUGUUUUUCCCAACCAGCCUGGAGGGAAGAAGUUGCUGUUAACCCCUGGCUUCCUGAAGAUGGUAUUUGACACACCAGAGGAGGAUCCCAACUAUAACCCUCUCCCUGAAGACCAUCUGGAAGACCAACUUGGAGACCAGGACCAGAACCAGCGUCCACACUAACACAUGGGACUCUUCUAUGUGGCCAGAUUCCUCUUUUCUGGAUGGACCGAUGCUAUGGCCCAGAGAUCCUACUGGAGUAACACCAGUUGACAUUCUGAUGUGUCAUGUUUCACUGUUUGUAUGGGUAACCCAUUUUCCCCUUGUACUAAGUGGUUCCAAAGAGCUUUGCACAUAAGAACUGAUGAAUGCUUAUGGAGGUGUUCUAGGGACAGGGACUGGAAGCUGUGAUGGCUCCUCAGUUACGGGGGAGUAAAUUAUCAAAUGGGGUGUUAAACCAGUUGCUCCUUCUCUUGCUGUUUGAUUUGAUGUGUCACUCUUGCCCUCUGUAGAAUGCUCCUGGCUUUCCUGGUUGUGGACUUUCAAUGAAGUAGUACUCCCAACUCUGUCACGGUAGAAUGCAGCUCAGCCUCUUCCUUGCCUCUCAGUCCCCCACUCCUUUUUGGGUUUUGUUUCCAAAGAGUCUUUACAUUAAAGUCUUUAUUUUUCAGUAGUGUGUCCAUUUCUGCCAGGGGCAGAGGCAGCAAUUCACCAGUUCUCAUCAGGACUUGGAUCACAGCUGCAACGUUGCUUGCUUGGGCUUUUCUUUUUUUGGUGGAAGCAAAGUUCAGGCUAGCUGGAAGAUGUCCUUGCCCUCCUUUGUCAUCAGGACUGCAAAGCAUGAGGGGGAUGCCUGUGUGUGGAGGUGUCUGUUAGAGAAAGGGAUGCCUAGGAAAGGACAGGGGACAGAGCUGGAUGCUUGAUCUAUGCAGUGACUGGAAGUGGCACUUGACACUGGUAAUAAAGGCUGUCUGCACAUGCAGUUUAA